AUGUCGUUGGAAACUAAAUUCUGGGGUAAACGUCCUUUCUGGGGCUUAUCCUUCGAUUUUGAUCCGCAAUGGUAUCUGACGGAUGAGCAAAAGGAAAUUCAAAGGAGGUUGAUUGAGCUUUGCAGGACAACCCUACGACCUAAUGCGGUGAGUUUUGCACUAAAUUAGCACGCCAGGCUACGUAAAAAAAUGCCCAAAAAUUCCUACAAACUCUGUGAACUCCGGCAUUUUUACAAAAUGUCAUUGAAAAAAUGUGCCUCAGUAAACGUUCUUUUAAUGCUAUUCUGACUGUAUUAAAAAUAACACACGAAUCAAAUUUUGUUAAAGAAAACGAUAUUAUAUGUCCUUUAAUUUGUUUUUAAUGGUAUUUUGACAAGUUACAAACUUAAAUUUUUUUCCUUUUUUCAAUGUCCUAAACACCAUGCGUGCUGCUGUCUAGUAAAACAGCGAUAAAAGUGUUAAUUACUUAUUGCUACAAUCUCAUCAACGUAACGACCAGCAAACUGCAAGUGCUUAGAAAGAUUUAACAUCCCAGCUGCUAGACACCAUCUGAACUGUUGCCCCAAAAAAUUUAACUGAAAAAAAAUUCAAUUCAGAGCCUCGGGCAAAUUUCAGAUCACCUAAAUACUGCUGCAAAUGAAAAAGAACAAAAGUAAGACACUUAAAAUGACUCCUUGUAGUUUUCUCUACACAUUGUAUUUCAUCCCUAAACUUCUUUUCAAUUACCAAUUUCGCGGCCUUCACAAUAAGUAAAGCAAUUAGCGAUCUUCAUAAAAAGGGCGUUCAUUGAAAACACAUUACCAAGGUAAGAUUUGAUAAAAGCUCGGACAAUAGGUGGUAGAAAUGUAUUGUCACCUAACAACUCAAUAAAGUGUCCAGUUGUCACGAAAAGAACAAUUUUGCAUGUUUAUCGACGAAGAAAAAAAAGUAAAUUUUAGGUUCAGUAAUGAAAUGAAAAAGGUUUUUUUAUCGUUUUGUCACGAGUGUGGGAAAAGAAAAAACAAGCCUGCAAGUUUUUCGACGGUUCAGUGACGUCGGUGAACAUUUUUAGCACAGCCUGUUUGAGUUGUUUAGAUUGCACAAGCAUCAAAGUUGUUUGUCGUACAACUCAUCGCUACAUAUCAUUCGUGAAAUAGCUUAAAAUUAGUAAAGGAAGGCUCCACUGACUCUUUACAGACCACUUCCCUUUCUGUUGGGGUCUGUCGGGUGUUUUCAAGGAAAAUUAGGUUCCUUAUACCACUCUGCAUAGUUCCACAUGAGAACUAUCUUUAUCUGAAUAAGAUGACUUCACACUAUUCCACUGCGCAACCUUACAGUGCAUAAUGUCAUGCUUAACAUGCGAACUCUGAGUUCCGGUCACCAAACUUGCUAUUCUGUUUCGUGCUGCCGUCGACCAUUGUCAUAACGGACACGUUAAGGUAGAAACAGAUAUAACAGAUCAAAAUCCCUGAUCAAACUUAAGGAAAAAGACCUUUUGGACUCCUUGAAAUAUCACAAGUUUUUUUUUUCCGGUAGGUCUGUAACAUGAUUGACAGUAGCAUAAAGCAACUGCAUAACAAAAAUUAUUUGAUGGUGCAAAUUUGGCAUGAUAUGCUGCCGCCUGGUUAGCUCAUGUGGAUGAGCGCCGGACUACUGUACGGGAGGUCUGGGUACAAGACCCAAACCAGACCCACACUCAGGGUCUUUAAAUAACUGAGGAGAAUGUGCUGCCUUUGCUAUGAUAUCUGCAAGCGAUUAAACAUUCUAGUCUUCUCGGAUGAGGACGAAAAGCCAUGGGCCCCGUCUCCUGCAUCUUCUCGGUACUAGUUAGUAGGGGACGUUAAAGAACCCACACACUUAUCGCAAAGAGUAGGGAACGUAGUUCUCGGUGUAAUGGUCUGCCCUAGAAGAACCUUUGCGAACCUGACCGAAUCUGAGUAUGUAAGCCUUGCAGAGAGGGAAUGCUCGUAAUAUGGUAAAUAAAUCAAAAUAAUAAAUAUAUCAAUACUAUCACUUUUUUGUAGUUGGUAUCGGAUCAGUGCUACGAAUAUCCUCACAAAAACAUGAAAGCUCUUGCCUCGCAAGGCCUUUUGGGACUAAUUAUACCCAAGGAAUUUGGUGGCAUGGGUCAGAAUCACGUGUGCAUGGCUAUGGUUGUGGAGACGAUAGCCAGAUAUGGCUGCCCUAGCACUGCCAUGGUGUGUGGUGAGUAUCAUCAGUGUCAGCAAGAACCCGAAGAUAUGUUUCGAUUCUGCCACUGCAAAUUGUACAUUGAAUUUACAUGAAAGGUGUCUCGCAGAAAAAUUUAAAAAUUGUAGACAGUUUUGUGACUUCGGUGGUCAAACCUUUGUAAAUGUCACUUUUGUGCAUCUUCAACAUAUCCAUUCUUGCGAUAUAUAUUAUGUUUUAAUCUAACACGAAAUAUUAUUUCCAAAAAGGCAGAACUUAAAGGGAGAUAUGUUUGAUUUAUUAUUUUACUAAUAUAGUUCCUCGAGUGGAUUUCAAAUCCAAAAGAAAGUUUCUUUGCGUAUCUUAACAAGAGAAAAGGGGGCAUCAUUUAUUAAUUUUUGUGGAUAGAAUUGAGGAUGCAGUUUUCGCAAAACCGUAAGCAGUAGCUGGGGACUUCCCCGCGUUGAUGGCAAAAAGAUUCCAUUGGGCAAACAUUGAUUGGUGCAAUUUUAAUCCAGGAAUUUUUUUGUCGACCAAUAGUGUUUGUUCUCUUACAGUUAUGCAUUACAUUGCCGUGGGCUCUUUAUUGUUUCGUCAUCACAACAAUGCUCUGAUCCAGGACCUUCUUCGGCGAGUAAACGAGGAGACGUUGAUCGGAACAAUUUCUUACAGCGAUCCAGCCACUGGUUUGCAUUUUUGUUUUUCUUCGUUUAAAAUGUCUGUCCUACUUUAACGUAAUAAUCCUCUAAAAGAUUGCAAGUUCACAAACGAUCUUUUUCAAAUUUCUCAAUAUUAACUUUGAUCAUAAAUGGAUCCAUGAUGAACAGUUUAACUUUCAAAUGAAUAAAGGGGUAAGUUUCUAAAGAAACUGUGGUGCUGCGUCGGUGGGAGAGUAUAGCAGAUAAUUUAGUGUUAACAAUUGGGUUGAAAACGUAAACUAGCCACCGUAACGGGUAAAAAAGCUGACGUUACGAGCGUUAGCCCUUCGUCAGAGCGAUUGAAUCGCAUCGCUCUGACGAAGGGCUAACGCUCGUAACGUCAGCUUUUUUACCCUUUACGGUGGCUAAUUUACGUUUUCAACCCAGUUGUUAACACUAAAUUAUCAGUUUAACUUUCAAGUUAUUAUUACAUUUUCAACACUUUUAGUGUAAUAAACAUAAAAUAUUAUUCAGCGUGAAGAUAAAAUUUACUUUGAUUUCCUUGUGUCAUCUUACGAACGUUUUUGUCACUAGGAGGUCACUUCUGGUACCCAAUGUCUUCUCGGACUCAAAUGACCGCGGAUGGAAGAAUUAAGAUAUUGAAGUGUGGAUCCUGGGCAACAAGCGCCGGACUUGCAGAUUUCUAUGUGAUUACUACAAUCAGUCCACAGUUUGACGGCGAUUUCUCCCAUUUGUCGAGCUUUCUUCUUUACAAGGUAUGUAUAAUACAAGUGAAAUUUAGGGUUGGAACGGCAAAAAUUUCAAAACAUUGAGAUCAUCGGUCAAAUUCUUGACACAACUAUGCAUUCAUGAAAAACAUUUGCGACGGUAGACUUUGAUUGGCGGAUGAUAAGCCUCGCUUUCAUAGCAUCUCUUCAUCUGCAAAAUUGUAGACUUAUUUUAUAAUUUUAGCCCUAAGUUUUCCUUUGGAGUAAAUGACGCCUUCAAUCGAAGUCUAUCCUUACACAUCCUGUGAACGGUACAAUGAUCCCUUAAUAAAUACUGAAUAUUCUGAGUCCCCUUCCAUUUGACGAAAGCCAAAAAAUAGUAGUCUAACUUAGAAGAAAAAAGAAACUAAGAAAGAAGUAAUCCAUGAAGUACAUUGGAGGUAAGCUGUAGUCCGCAGUUUGUAGUUUUUCUUUUUGGGGGAAUUGAAGUUAUCCGGCAGAAGAAAUGAAUAAAAAAGGUAAAAAAUGUUGAAAAUUCAACGAGAUUAUUGAGGAAUAUCAAAGAAUAUUACCCUGAACAUUGUCGUAUCCGUCAACUUUUCAGGAUGAAGUGCGCGCCGACAACGAUGACUGGAAGUCGCUUGGGAUGCAUGGCAAUCAGUCAAGACCAAUGGUUUGUGAGGCCACAGUCGACGAAGAUCGGCUUAUUGGACCAUAUGGUAAGCUUCUCUUUAAUGGAGAAGUCUGUGUUAUGGUCAGCUCGUACGUUAACCUACAAUUGUUAAGGAAGACCAGACAUUCCCUGUCGCUCAACGCUUAAGAAACCGGGGCUAAUUGCAAACUCAACUUGAGCACUUUACGUAACUCUUUUUUCCGCGCAAUGAUUAGGAAACUUUGCUUAAGUUCAUGUAAAAAGUGAACGAACACUCUUGCAACACGUUAGUAUCUAGAAAGAGAAACAACCUAUUUCAUUAAUAUUUAUCAAGAGAGAAUAUUCAUCCUCUUUCGCAUUCAUCAUUGUACAGUAUUAGAAAAUAGUUUGCCUUUGACGGGUCUUAUUUCAGGCGAUGGAAAGGCAGCCAUUGAUGAAGUUGGGUCGCCCAGGUUCUUGCUGCUGACAGCGGCCUGCUGGAAUGGUAUUGCUAUGGGAGCUAUGGAUAUAGCUCGGCAUCACGUGACCACAAAAGAACAUGCUGAUGUUGGAAUGCGCAUUGCUGAUUACCCGACGAUCCAAGUAAGUGAAAGAAUUAAUGUGCCAUUGACCCCCCAAUUUUUUUUUUUUUUUCCGACAAAAACUAAAUCUCCCUGUCUUACUAAUGACAAAUUCGAAAAAAUUAAUUUCGCGUCUAUUUUAGUUUUUCUUUUUUUUUAGAAUUUUCAAAGAUCCCAAAAUUGUCCUCGUUCAUGGUAGGGAAAAUGGGGCGAGUUGGCUUAUGACCUUAUCCCCGAAACCGGUUGAUAUUAUUCAUUUCAUUCAGUGAGAAAGCAGUCACACCUUAGAGAGAACUAGAGAAUUUAGCCCAAAAGGCUGUAGCGAUACUGAUUCCUGAGAAGAUGGUUCGUCUUCAUACCAUCAUAAUUGGGGUGACUCCUUAAAUAUUGCCCUCGAGCGGAGUUGGUUUUGAAAAAAGCCAUCACUGUGUUCUUGAGGUUAAGUAAUGCCAAACGACAUUGUGUUACAAAAGGGAAUAUUUUCUUCUGUAAGCUACUUUCUUUGUUUUUUAAGACUUUCUCGUCGAGUAAAAUCAACUUCAGAGAUAUAUUUGUCCAAAAUUUCAACUGGGUAUUCUCUAUUAUUAAAGCGUAUUUUGAAAAUCUGUUCGUUUUUACCAAGGUUGGAGCGUGAGAAAUUUGUUCUUAGGAAGCGUAGCGCUUCUCCUUUUAGGAACCCCAUUUGUUUACACCUGAAGGAUCACGCCAAUAGAAAUUCGUGUAUUGGAAGGUCUCUGUCUCUUGGUAAUGUGUUUGUACGUCAAAGGUCAAUUACCUAUCUCUCGCCUUUGACACCUUUGAGUCCGAGAAUGUUAUUUCUGUGGCAAAUCUAAUUUCUGAGGCAUCUGUCAGUUGUUCAUUUGAAGGGUUUAUGAUGUGAUGCUCGCGUGACCUUUGUCUAUGUUUUCUUUAGCGAUUUUAAUCUUUAAUCGCUUUUUUUUCUAUUUUGGCUACGUUUCACCCUUGUUGUUUGGCAGAAAAUGCACCUGUACAGGAUUCAACUUGUCUAUUGCCUGUUUGGGCUCUCAAAUUUGCAGAAAGCUUGUCGACCUCGUUCAGUUUGACCAGCACCUCUGCACGGUCACGCUCUGCUUUCUAUCUAAUCAAGGUUAGGUAUCUGAUUUAAAACCCUCAAGUUCGCCUUACUUUGUAUCUUAGGCUUUUUUCGGCAUGUGCCCUUCUCGAGAUGAGCUCGUAAGAUUCCAAUAGACUUCUUUCUCAAUAGUGUUGAGGAUCUAUUAACUCCAUUUCACCGAGGCUUCGCUUUCGGGGUGCAAUCAAUUUCCUCUAUCUCCGUGUCAUAUUCCGAUAGAUUUGAAGCUUCGGAUGCUUCGGAGUCAUAUAGUCACUGUUUGAGUUUGAGUCUCUGGAUGCCAUGGCUUUCUUUAGGUCCUUUCUGGAAGGUCCUCGAUAAUUAAAAAGGGAAAUUCUCAAAGGAAUUUCUUGUCUUAGCAACGUGUCUUAAGUUUUUCAUUGCAGCUUUGUAGCGCAGUUCCCGGGAUGACGUAACAACCUUCCUUGACCCCAGGUUCUAAGAUGCGAGGUCGUGAACAUGUAAAAAUUGAGCUUUAACUGCUGCAGAAUUGCGAAUUUUUAUUCGAUUGCAGUAACUCUUUGGAUGUGAUGAUCAGUUAAACAAGGAAAUUUCUUUUGUGGAAAAAAAAGAUUUAGUGUUAGUGGCACAUUAAUCAUUUUUGGGUUCGAGAAACUGAGUUGUUUUCUUAAAUUCUCACCAUUUUGAUUAACAUCAUAACAGGCGGCAGGAAUUUAUGUUUAUUCAAAUUUAGGGUAAAAAAAAAGGGAAAAAUGUUAACAUGCUCUUCUGGAAUGGAACAUUUGACACGGUUUCAUCGCCUGAUGAUCACUUUUGAGCGUCUACUUUCAUUAAACCUGCGCUUCCGAGCGACACAGAAUAUAAACAAACUUUUAAUUUCAAUCUUCAUUAAGGAUUACUUUGGAGACGCAGUGAGUGGUACCAAUGCAUGUCGGAUAAUGGCAUUCUCCGUAGCUCAGCUAAUGGACCACGUCACUGACAACAAUGACUGGAAUAUUUAUAAGGACCCCAAAGCUUCACUGCGGUAAGUCAAACGGUUCCCUGAUCUUAACCCUUUAACUCCCAAGAUCUCUUCAGCAAUUCUCCUUACUGUCUGCCACAUACUCCUUAUGACGUUAGUUUAGAGGAUUUGGUAUUGGAUCAAUCCCUAUUAAUAUUUUUCUUUAUUCUCAUCACUUGUCUGCUUGAUAUUGUAUUGAUAUUGUAAGGAGAAAUUCUAUCUCGGUCACUCAUGGGAGUUAAAGGGAUAAAGAAGUCAGUGAGCUUCACUCGGGUUGACAAUUAUUUAUUUGAAAAUAAAAAAAAAAAGCAUUUUAUCAUGCGUGCUCAAACUUCAUUUUGAAAAUGAAAACAUCAAUUUUAUAGCUAUACGUAUACUGAGAAAGCGGACGUACUGGUGGCCUUUCCUUUUUUCUUCAACGAAAGAAAUCGAGAAUCGGUUUAGUAUGUUUGAUACGCGCCGACGAAUCAUAACGUUGGUGAGGUUAGCAAGACAACGGCAAACAGCAAAAACUAAUUCUGGUUUCAUUCCCCUUUCUUAUAAUUCGUAAAUAAAUAGUCUCCAGGAAAACAAAGUGUAAAGAAAGAUGUUUAUUCAUCUCGAGCGUGGGAUAAGUAAAAAAUGAUGAGUUCCCAUCAGAGAUCGAACCACAGACCUGAUGAUUCUGUAAUCCGAAGCUCUGCCGCUGAGUGAAAGAGACGUUUCGGUGAUCUCGGCCAUUGUACCAGUAUAUUGCCCACAGAAAUGUGUCAAGGGGUUAUGCUGGGGUUGUGAACAUUGCCAAUGACGUAAUUGUUUAUGGGUGUGUCAUGGAGAAACACGACAAAUUUCUUUUUGCGGUGUUAGAUAGAUGGAGUGAGGUGAGGUUAACAAUUGAUGGUGACAAGUGCGAAUUCAGAAUGUCAAAAUUAACUUUCUUUGGUCAUGAGCUGACAAGCAACGGCCUAAAUCCGUAUAAAGAGAAGCUUGCAGCUAUAUAUAUCUGAGACGCGAGACCUCCUAAAGCAGCGAGUGAAGGACGAUCGUUUAUGGGUCUUGUUCAGUACUCUGAAAAGUUUAUGCCAGACGUGACGGCAAAGGCAAAACCUGUCCAAGAGUUUACGAGAAAGGAAACUGUAUUUCACUGGGAUAAAGAGCAGCAAUUUGCCUUUGAAGAACUAAAGCGUCUCAUUACACAAGCGGAGACUUUGGCUUACUUCAAAAAUUUUGAAUGUUUCAAUUGCUCGGUUUUCAUUCGUCUCGACACCCUGUGAAUGAAGGUGCACGCAGAAAACACAGACACGCCAAAUAAAUCGCUGAUCAUUCGCUCGAAAAACCCUGUCGCAAAAAAUCUCAGAGCAAUAAGGACUUGCUGCAUUCAUGGGUGUCAGUGGCAGACCUCUUCUUGUUUGAUGUGUAAGAUCUUGCUCUAAAAUUUUCACGAGGUCAGCAACUGAAUCCUUACUGAAGCGGAAGCGAAUUCGAAAAUCUUCGCUGUAAUACUCUAUAGGAUUAUAUCGGUCCCCAAGGUGCCGAUUUUUACGAGACUGUGAAUGAUACUGAUUGGCGUACUUCCUUAACGGCCUGUAACGUAGUGAUCCGUCCAUUUUUAUAAUGACUGCCGAUGAAAGUGCUCCAGGAACAGUGUCCAAACCUACCUUCGAGCAGGUCUAAGUCGUUAUUGUUCCUUAGUCGGUGGUUAAACAUGGUCUAAACACAUGCAUUUAUGGACGAUCAGUUCUUAAAUAAUUGGUUUCCACAGUUUAAACGUGAGUAAGACGGUGACUUUCAUAAACGCUGUUUAAACCUCGUUUAUAAAUAAUUGGCCCUCACCUUCUUCAUUUUUAUCAUCAGUCACUUCGCAUAAGCAUCACAUAUCGACAUCCCUUUCCUCCCAGGAUGUAGGAAUUUUGUCGCCAUGGAAUUGGUCAAUAGGUGUAGUUAGCCAUGUGUCUCUUUUAGCUAAGUGGUAUAGUAGGUUGAACUCCUAUUGAGAGCAUUCAAAGCGUUUUCUCUCCAAGUAUGCCUGUGUCAUUUAUUGAAUAACAUCAAGAGAUUAUGAUCUCUUGACAACACAUUCAUUCACCUUUUUUUUUUUUACCUUGUUUUGAGGUGAGUGAUAAUCGAUAGAUUUACUGUUUCAGGAUCGGUUCUCUACAUCCGUGUUGGUCCUGGCAGCUGAAAUAUGAGUGCGCUAAGAACGUGAACAACACCACAGACAAAAUGAUGCAAGCUUGCGGAGGAGCUGGGUUCAAACGAGAUCUUGGUAUUUAUAUAAACAGAAUUUAUAUUGAGUGUCGUGAAACCAAAACUAAAGUAAUCAUGAUUAAAAUCGCAUUGAUAGAAUCAAACAACCUUUUAAAUCAGAAAAUACCACAAGUAGUCUCAGAGAACUAAACGUAAAAACAAGCAAACUGCCCAAAGCGCUGAAAGGCAAGAGUUGCCAAGUUGCAAUUAGUUUCUGCCUCGACGUUUUCCAGGCCUAUGAGCAAGAUUACUCCUGACUCUCGAUUACAAAUUGAUCGAGAUCUGUUCAUUUGGAAUCUAAUAACUGCUCAAGUGCAGUCGUCUUCGUAGUCAGUCGACUGUCUUUUUACUUUGCACAAAAAUCGUUCGACUGUCACGUGCGAUCUUCAAGUUGUCAACUUAGUUUAUUUCGCCUAACUGAGGAUUAAUUAGUUUAUUAAUUGAUAGGUUAACUGGGACUAGUUAAUUUUGCAGUUACGUUACAUCGGUCUGGUAGAGACUGCUGCCAAAAAAGUAUCAUCUCUCUGAACAAAUUAUGUUGGUGUCUUUCUUCAUCAGGUGUUGAACGCUUGUUGCGAGAUGGUCGCGCGGGGUGGGUGAUGGGCCCAAGCAAUGAAGUGAUAAAACAGUUCGUUGGUAAAUCUUCUCUGUUUGGUGUGGAAUGUUUGGACAUUUGGUAAGACAUAAUUACAUCUGUACACCAUCUAUUCGAUUGAAACGAAAGCACCGAUGAUGACUUUUGACACCCACAGCAAAGAUAUAUAAUACCAUUCGGUUGUAGCGAGCGAUUCGUAAUUGCGCUUGUUUGUCAUCUUGAAUUCUUAAAGCAGAGGAAACCUGAGGAAAGGAUUUAAAUACGAGUCAUGUAAAGGGCUUGGUAGAAGAAAACAUGACAUAUCGAAAAACUAUCAUAAGUGUUUAGCGCUAACACGACUUCCGUGAUAAUAAGGCCGCAAUGCCGGCCAAUUCAGUCGAUAUAAAGUAACUUAGAACCUUAUAGAAUUGUUCACGAAGAGUACAUAGCUGGACUUAUUUGUGAGUACCCUUGGUGGCCUGGGAAACCUUUUUAGCUUUUUCCAUCCCACCGGAACAAACUAGCAUUGGCCUGUCAGUUCUCUGUGACCGUUGCACACACGUGGAAACAUGUGUGCUGUCUUCCACACUUCAGUAGUUGCAGUUCCUCGCGCUGGGAAGAGUAUUUCACAAAAAAGAUCCGAUGCCUACUUAUUGUAUGUAGACACACUUUCAAUUUUAUGGAUUUAAGGGAAUUAAUCAUAUAAUAUAAAUCUACUCUCCCCUGAUCCGCCUCGAUCUUCUCCGAUCUAUUCUCGAAAUUAGUGUUGCGAACGCAGUGACAACUUAGGUCAGUCUGAAUCCAAGCUUUCUUUUGAAUUAGUCUGACACCAGGCUUGAACGGCCAGGAUAAGUUGAGCCGGUUGAACGUAUGAAUGAUAUGAUAAAGGAAACCUGAAUUAAACAUUGCGCUAUUGCCUUUGAUCUUAGGUCUCAAUCAGCCAAUAGACGUACCCUGAAUGCCGAGUUGCUAAAACUAAAGGACGAAGAAAAGUUGGAAAUCGCCCAGCAGUUGAUGCGUGAGGUUGAAAUGAACGGACCAGUUGAGAAGAGUGACUCAUCAUCUUACCAGGACACAGAAUUUGAUAACCCAUUCAAUACUCGGCCAUCGGUCAGUAGAGGCCCCAUCACUGAUGUAAAUGGAACAGAACACUUAGCCGCUCUGAGCCCCGACUGUUUUUUCCCCUUAAAGCUCCUGUCCGUGAUACCAAUGGGAGAUAAGCAAGCAGAAUUUCAGUUCGCUCUACCCCAAGCAUCUCAACAUACUGGUUGUCUACCGGGCCAGUAUGUCCAAGUCAGAGUACCUCUAGACAAGGACGGCGAGAAGUACUGUCAGCGGUAUUUUUCGCCAGUAAACGCCACCACAGAUUUUGGCCGAAUAGACCUGGUCAUGAAGUUUGAGAGUCAUGGUCAAUUAUCACAGAGAUUUAAGGCACUUACUCCAGGUAAAAAAAGGAAAGUCAAAACGUAAGGUUCUUGAUUACUCGACAACUUCAAGUAAGGAGAUUUAAACAUAAUAAAUAAAGUAGGAAAAAAUCUGUUAGAACUUCAGUGACAUAAUGCAAGCCUAUUGCAGUAUUUAACUUUAAAAAAAGAAAAAGUAGUUGUCAUGAAUUUCUUGAUUUCUCCACACAGACUGUACUUUCUUUAUUAACAUGCGUUUCUCUCUGUUUGGUAUCUACGUCAUAUUCUUUGGGGAGUAACUUUGCUGUUGAAUUCAUGUGAUAAUUGUUACUGUUUGAGAAGUCACUGCUAUUGCUCCUUUCAAUUUUCAGGCAAUAAGUCCAUCGUAAAACAAAAAAAACUGUUUCUAACUUAGGCUUUAGUUCUUGGCAAAAAAUGGCCCUGUUAAUUUUAAUGUAAAGAGAUUACAUGGGGCGAAUAAAGGUUUUCUAGUAUUGGCUAUUACAAGACGUUCGGCUGAAUUGAACGCGGUUUUUUUAAAAUACGAGGUUUGAUUUAUCGGCUAAGCUAUGUUAAAAUAGCCGACUCCUUAUUAUUCAAACAGAGAGCUGUUGUGUGAGAUGCAUCAUUGCCUUAACAAUUUAGAAUGUUAUUUGGGCAACGUGUCAUGAGCUUCCUGAACCAGGUUAAUCGUGUGGUCUGAGCAAUAGUCAUCAGAGGAAUCGCUAAGGACCCUGAAGACUACUCCUGAGUUAGAGUUAUUUACUGUAAUCAAGAUUUUAUUUCCAGAACAAUAUGUCAUUUCCUUCAGUGCGUAGUCAAUCCAAGAUGGUGUUAUCCAGCGGAUUCUAACUACUCUGUCAUGGCCCCAAUUGUUCAUAAAAGUCAUAUUCACUUGAUAGUAAGUCCUAUAACUGGUCGGUUUUCAGGUCGCCGGGAAGCAUGUCGCUAUUUUGCCCCCCCCUCCCGGUAUUGGGGUUGGUGGAAGGGAGGAAUGGGAAAGCCCAGACUCAGUGAAAGUUUAAAAGUAAAAGUUUAGGAAAUAUCAUCCACGGGUUUAUUUACACUGUCUCGGGUUUGCCUUCAUGAUUUUUGCAUUUUUGAUAUUUAGGUGACCUGGUGGAGUUCCGAGGCCCUUGUGGGGGUUUUGAGUACGAGUCAAAUUCAGUCAAACAUAUUAGUCUUGUGGCCAGCGGUUCAGGUGCCACUCCGUGUAUUCAAAUUGUGCGUGACAUCAUGGCAGACCCUGGAGAUCAGACUUCCGUGUCCAUGUUGUACUCCGCGGAAACUGAGUCAGAGUUCAUGUUCAAGAGUGAGUUAGAUGACCACAGUGCACGUGAUGAGCGUUUUCGAGUGUUCUACACACUCUCUAAAGGUGCAGGGCAAGAGACUUGGCAGGGCGGAGAGGGGCAUAUCGACAAGGACAUGAUCAGUAAUCACCUGGUAGGUCCUCAAGUAUUGGAGCACAAAGUACUAUUAUGCGGUGGACCCACCAUGAUUGUAUCAGUAAUGCGGAUCUUGUUUCAGAUGGGAUAUUCCAGCCACCAGAUAUUUGUUUACGGUCCGUUCGGCGCAGAGCUGGUCAGGGCAGUAUUUGGAAGAAAUGCUAGGUUGUCUUCCCAUCGCUUUGAGCGUUAGACGAGCAAAGUUUAGUUCAAAACAAACUUCAUUUUCAUAGUUAUGACUGACGCUCAGCUUUGGCAACAAGUAAUCGAGAGAGGAAAUUCCGCGUGGUUUUAUAUGGAAUCUAUCAACCUCGCUAGAAAACAUGUAUUCAUUAUUGAAAAUAAAGAUCAUCUUCAACAACAUUUCCCACGUGUGAUUUAACGGGGAAGACAUGGCUUUCAAGAUUUCUUGUCAAGCUUAAUGCUUGGCAAGAAAUCUGGGCUAGAGAUGCCAGCGAGCGUAAACUUUUUAUUGGAAGUUUUACUGAUGGUCAGGUGCUCCUCUUCAGCACUGUUAAAGAAUGGUGAAGAGGAGCGCUCGACCAUCAGUUACACACGAAGGAGAAAUAAUUAAUUUUAUUGUAUCAUCAAGACACAAAGGAAACACUAAAUAAAUAAUUGGCGUUCAGACAUGGCUUCCCAAGCAGUAAGACUACGCAUAGUAUUCAUUACAUUAUCUUUAAUGAAUGGUGAUGAUCUUUCAGAGAAAAUGCUCCCUUGAGAUCCUAAAACGUUUGGAAAAAAGAAGAAACGAUCGAACUCGAGUUUUGGAACGUUGCAGGAGUUGCAAUUUUUUGAAGAGAGGCAAAAGCAUAGAAUGUGACUGGGGUUAUUUGAACAUUCUGAUGAAAAACAGUUGAAAGAAAACUUUUUUAGAUAUUUACAUAAUAUAAAUAUGUCUGAAAAUAAACACACAUGGCGUAUUUCUUUGUUUAUAAGCCGCAAACUAUACUUGAGAGUAAAAUUACCAUAAUGACAAAGAAAGCAUCAAGGCGUCUCCAACUCAUGCUAAUCAGCUUGCAAAUGAAGGCUUGUUACUGGUCGCGGUCAAAUACACGCGACUCUGCUGA